CAAUCAGAAGAAGACAAAUGUCCUUUAAGCUAAAAUCGAGAUUUGUCAAAGGAACAGUAUUCAGUUAUUAUUAUUUUCAAUCGGAAUCGUAUCUUAUAUGACGUCUGUCUCGUCUUAAAUAUUAUAAUAACACGUCUACAAAGCUUUGUUUAUUGAAAUAAAACAAAAUGGAAGUUUUACAAUCAUUUAUGAUAGUUGCUAGUCUCAUAGCAGUAUUACCUUACACAUUAAGCUUAAGGGAAGGUGAAUGUGAAGUUUGCUUGGGAGUAAUAAAUAAACUAGCUAAGAGUCUAACAGAUGAUGAGAAGUCUCUGCCAGCCAAAAUAGAACAGAAGUUUAAAGAUAUCUGUCUAAAUACAAAGAAAGCAGAAAAUCGUUUUUGUUAUUAUUUAGGAGGACUAGAAGAAUCUGCCACGUCUAUUUUAGCAGAAAUGUCGAAACCCAUGAGCUGGGGUUUGCCAGCAGAUAAAAUAUGCGAGAGACUGAAGAAAAAGGAUUCACAAAUAUGUGAAUUAAGAUAUGAAAAGGUAAUUGACCUCAAUACUGUAGAUUUGAAAAAAUUGAAAGUAAGAGAUCUGAAGAAAAUCCUUUCCGACUGGGACGAGAGAUGUGAAGGAUGUAUUGAGAAAGCAGACUACAUCAAGAGAAUAGAAGAAUUAAAACCAAAAUAUUUCCAUCAAGAAUUGUAAUGGAAAUGGGACUUAGGACAUUCAUUCAGACAUUUAAUUUGUGCUACAAAAGAAAUGGUAAUUUUAUAUAAUGGCAAUUGUACUAAAAGAUACAGCAUCAAAUAUUGUAGCACCAAGUCAUCAGUUUCUUUCAACAUCACAAAGUUAAUUUAUUUGUGGAUUUCACUUUAGUUGUUAAAAAACCCAAAAUUUUCAACUUGUUUGAAAAUUUUAACUUUUAUUGACAUGUAACAUUUUCAAAUAAACUGAAAAUUUUCACUUAAA